AAACAGAGGCAUGACGAGGAGGCACUGAUUGACCAGGGGAGAAGGAGCAACGGUGCCAAGAUUCACUAUGAGAAGGAGGAGUUGGAAGGCCACCGGACCCUGUACGCCGGCGUGCAGAUGCCGCUGGUGGGGCAAUGCCACCGGCAUCACCGACCCCACAAGCAGAAGCAUCGGGAACAGGAGGAGGACUGUGCCCCGACGGAGCGGGGCUACCACUGCACCCCGUCCCAGCGGGUGCAGUUCAUCCUCAGGACCAAGGAGGACGAGCAGCAUGUCCCUCACGCCUUGUUCACCGAGCUGGAUGAGAUCUGCGUGAAAGAGGGCGAAGAUGCCGAGUGGAAGGAAACGGCAAGGUGGCUGAAGUUUGAGGAGGACGUGGAAGACGGCGGCGAGCGCUGGAGCAAGCCCUAUGUGGCCACGCUGUCCUUGCACAGCCUCUUUGAGCUGAGGAGCUGCAUCAUCAAUGGCACGGUGCUGCUGGACAUUAGUGCCAACAGCAUCGAAGAGAUCGCAGAUCUGAUCCUGGGCCAGCAAGAACAGCUCACGGAGUUUGACGAGCGCACGCGGGCAAAAAUUGGAGAAGUUCUUUUGAAGAAGCACCACCAUCAGAACGAGAAGAAAAGAAACAACCUUCUCCGCUCGUUUGCUGAUGUGAGCAAGAAGGGGUCGGACCUGCACCUCCUCGACAAGCCAGCUCAAACACUUACCCCUCAUCCUUCUCCCACCACUGUGGAAGCUAAAAAUGGGGUGAACCAUGAGACCAGCACAACGGAUUUAAGCAAGGCGGAGCUGCACUUCAUGAAGAAAAUUCCCAGCGGGGCUGAAGCGUCCAACGUGCUCGUAGGAGAGCUGGAUUUCCUUCGCCAGCCCAUCGUGGCAUUUGUCCGCCUGACCCCGGCUGUCCUCCUCUCGGGCAUGACGGAAGUUCCCAUCCCAACAAGGUUCCUGUUUGUUUUGCUUGGACCAGAAGGAAAAGCCCAUCAGUACCAUGAGAUCGGCAGGUCCAUGGCUACUAUCAUGACGGAUGAGGUUUUCCAUGACGUCGCCUAUAAAGCCAAGAACCGGGCUGACCUCGUGGCCGGCAUCGAUGAGUUUCUGGAUCAGGUCACGGUCUUGCCGCCUGGAGAGUGGGAUCCAUCGAUCCGAAUCGAGCCCCCGAAAAACGUCCCUUCGCAGGAAAAAAGGAAGAUGCCAGGAGCUCUCGAUGACAGUGCUUCUGACAGUGAGCCAGAGAAGCACAGCGGUCCUGAACUGGAGCGGACGGGAAGGCUCUUUGGAGGUUUGAUCCUGGAUGUGAAGCGAAAAGCCCCGUGGUUCUGGAGCGACUUUCGGGAUGGUCUGAGGCUGCAGUGUCUGGCGUCCUUCCUCUUCCUCUACUGUGCCUGCAUGUCCCCUGUCAUCACCUUUGGGGGACUGCUGGGGGAGGCGACCGAUGGCCACAUAAGUGCCAUGGAGUCGCUGCUGGGCGCCUCCAUGACCGGCGUGGUGUUUUCCCUCUUUGCUGGCCAACCUCUCACCAUCCUCGGCAGCACCGGACCCGUGCUCGUCUUUGAGAAGAUCCUCUACAAAUUCUGCAAGGAGUACACGCUCUCCUAUCUCUCUCUGCGGGCAUGCAUCGGGCUGUGGACCGCCUUCUUCUGCAUCGUGCUGGUGGCCACCGACGCCAGCUCUUUGGUGUGCUACAUCACCCGCUUCACCGAAGAAGCCUUCGCCUCCCUCAUCUGCCUCAUCUUCAUCUACGAGGCUCUAGAGAAGCUGAGUCACCUGCGGGAGACCUACCCUGUGCACAUGCACAGCCAGCUCGACUUCCUCACCAUCGACUACUGUAAGUGUGAGGCACCGACGCAUCCCAGCAAUGAAACCCUGCGUUUCUGGGAGAGCAACAAGAUCAACGUGUCUGGCAUCGCCUGGGAAAACCUCACGGUGACCGAAUGUCGGUAUUUGCAUGGAGAGUUUCAAGGACCUGCCUGUGGACCCAAUGGCCCCUACACGCCUGACGUCCUCUUCUGGUGCUGCAUCCUCUUCUUCUCCACCUUUGUGCUGUCGAGCUUACUGAAGAAGUUUAAGACCAGCCGAUACUUCCCAACCAGAGUACGGUCCACAGUAAGCGACUUUGCUGUUUUCCUCACCAUCGUCGUCAUGGUGCUCAUGGACUUCAUGAUUGGGAUCCCAUCACCGAAGCUCCACGUCCCCCAUAUGUUCAAGCCUACCAGAGACGACCGCGGGUGGUUCAUCAGCCCCGUAGGACCCAACCCUUGGUGGACGGUGUUGGCUGCGCUCAUCCCAGCUCUGCUCUGCACCAUCUUGAUCUUCAUGGACCAGCAGAUCACUGCUGUUAUUGUGAACAGGAAGGAGCACAGGCUGAAGAAAGGAUGUGGGUACCACCUGGACCUUUUCAUGGUGGCCGUGAUGCUCGGGGUGUGCUCUGUGAUGGGGCUGCCCUGGUUUGUGGCUGCCACCGUCCUGUCCAUCACCCACGUGAAUAGCCUCAAAGUCGAGUCUGAGUGCGCAGCUCCAGGAGAACAACCCAAGUUUCUGGGGAUACGAGAGCAGAGAGUCACUGGCUCCAUGAUCUUUGUGCUCAUGGGCUGCUCUGUCUUCUUCACUUCUGUGUUAAAGUUUAUACCAAUGCCUGUGCUUUACGGCGUCUUUCUCUACAUGGGCGUGUCGUCGCUCGGAGAAAUUCAGUUCUUCGAUCGCUUGAAGCUGUUUUGGAUGCCGGCGAAACACCAGCCGGAUUUCAUCUACCUGCGGCACGUCCCCUUGCGAAAGGUGCACUUCUUCACCGUGAUCCAGCUGAUCUGCCUCGUCCUGCUCUGGGCCAUCAAGGUGUCCCGUGCCGCCAUCGUCUUUCCCAUGAUGGUUUUGGCUCUUGUAUUUGUCCGGAAAGCCAUGGAUUUCUGCUUCUCAAAGCGAGAGCUCAGCUUCCUGGAUGACCUUAUGCCAGAGAGCAAGAAGAAGAAGUUGGACGGUGCCAAAAACGAAGCCAAUGAAGAAGAGGAGUCCCCGAAAAUGAUGGAAGCUGCUGCUGCUGCCGGUUCAGUUCUGCUGAAACUGGGCAAGACCAGCAACUUGGAUAUCCCAAAGCAAAGCAGGGACAGGACUGAUCCUUGCGAGAUUAAUAUCUCGGAGGAAGUGUUGAAAACGAGCGUGUGGAAGGCUCUCACUAUGAACACAGAAACAGUCUGA